AUGACAACAGAAGAAGAAAUCUUAUCAUCAUACCCACAAAUAUCAGCUCCAACUGAACAAACUGGUUAUACCUCCAACUUAACUGAUGAACAAAAAGUUGCUUUAGAGAAACUUCGUGAAGAAUUAAAGUCUUUAGGCUAUGAAAAGAGACUUGAUGAUAGUACUUUACUUAGAUUCUUAAGAGCAAGAAAGUUCGAUUUAGAAAAGACCAAGACCAUGUUUAUAGAUUGUGAAAAAUGGAGAAAAGAAUUCGGUACUGAUACUAUCUUAACAGAUUUCCAAUAUACUGAAAAACCAUUAGUUGCAAAGUUUUAUCCUCAAUAUUAUCAUAAACAAGAUAAGGAUGGAAGACCAAUUUAUUAUGAAGAAUUAGGUAAAGUCAAUUUAACUGAAAUGUUAAAAUUCACAAGUCAAGAAAGAAUGUUAAAGAAUUUAGUCUGGGAAUAUGAAGCUUUUUCCAAUUACAGAUUACCUGCUUGUUCAAGAAAAUCAGGUUAUUUGGUUGAAACAUCAUGUACUAUCUUUGAUUUAAAAGGUUUAUCACUUACUACUGCUUACCAAGUUGUCACAUACGUUAAAGAAGCAUCUAAAAUUGGUCAAGAUUAUUAUCCUGAAAGAAUGGGUAAAUUCUAUUGUAUCAAUGCUCCUUUUGGAUUCUCAACUGUUUUCAAUUUGGUUAAACCAUGGUUAGAUCCUGUAACUGUUUCUAAAAUCUUCAUUUUAGGUUCUUCAUAUAAAAAAGAUUUAUUAAAACAAAUCGAUGCCGAAAACUUACCAAAGAAAUAUGGUGGUACUGAUGAUGUUCAUGAUCAAGAUUUAUAUUUGAAAGAUGACGGUCCAUGGAGAGAUGCCAAAUAUAUUGGCCCUGAAGGUGAAGCUCCAAAAGCUUUUUAG